GCCUGUGCAGCGGCUUUGCUCUUGCAGGGCCUUGCAACAGAGCUUGGCGACACAGCACGCUGUACUCAAAGUCUCUUGCUGCUCAUUCGGGCCCAUGCUUUCGUCACUGACGAACUUGCCUGGGCCAUCGGUGCAGACGAUGCAGGUAGCCUUGCAGAGAUUGUUUUUCUACGGCGAGAACACUGUGCAGCAAUUCGCCGAGAAGAGCUGAAACGACUUGCGCUCCCGCCUGCAACAGCCUCCUGGUCCCGAGGUAUUGAGUCUGGCAGAUUUGUGGCAAACGACCAGGUGGCCAUCUUGGUUGCCGCCACGCCGAACCAGAUCCAUGCGUACCAGCCUUUCUUGAACCUCUGGCGGUGCUAUUCUCUGCGUCAUGGCUUCGCCUUCAUCUUGGAGACUGAUGACACAGAGGUGCGGCCUCCGCAUCAUCGCGCGCCUAAUUGGCUGCGCUGGUUCACAGCCAAGAAGUACCUCAGCUACUACAAGGCGCUGUUGGUUGUGGAUCCUGACCAGUUCGUGGUACCAGAAUGUUGGAACGUGUCGAUUCCCGCUGUCCUCGGAGCAUGGGCUGGUGGCCUCUAUGGUUCUCCCGACGUAGCUACUCGUGAUUUCGGCCGUCCUCAGACUUUGAACAAUGGGGUGGUGCUGAUUCGUUCUUCGAGCCGUGGGCACUUCUUUCUGGAUCUUCUCCUGGAGAAGGCGGCCUGGAUGCAGAACAUCGAGAAGGACCAGGGAGCCUUCGACGAGACUGUAUUGGAAGUUCUUGGCAUGGAGGCAACAGCUCGAGGCGAAGAAGGCUACACUUCUGAAUGCGCACAAUAUGUGUGGCCAAAUGCGAACGGUAAUCACGAGAUAGCCUUGUAUGCCCUCUGCUGGUGGCGAACAAGCGAGAGGUUGGCCGGACCUUUCGGUGCAAGACGAUCCAUGUUCUUCCGAUUUGCUGAUCCUGGCUUGGUGGAUGUGAACCAUGUCGUGGGUGCUCGAGGACUCUCCGAGCCAGCCGUCCUCCACCACUUUGCUGGCCGAUCCAAAGAUUGGGAUUUCAUGCUUGAUACUUUCGGCAUGGCGCGACGAAACACGGGAAAUUGCAGACGAGUGUUCGAUCAUGUCGACGGACGAGCAACCAUCCAGCGGUGUGUGGCCGGGGGGCCGCCGGUGAAAGAGUGCGAGCCGCCGAUGCUUGUGUGUUGA